CAGGCCCUUCAGCCCACGAGUUUGCACCAACCAGCGAUCCCCACACACUAACACUAUCCUACACACGCACAUUAGGGACAAUUUACAAUUUUACUGAAGCCAAUUAACCUACAAACCUGUACAUCUUUGGAGUGUGGGGGAAACCAGAGUUCCUGGAGAAAAAACACACGAUCACGAGGAGAACGUACAAACUCCACACAGACAAGCACCUGUAGCCAUGAUCGAACCCGGCUCUCUGGUGCCGUAAGGCAGCAACUCUACCGCUGAGCCAACGUACCACCCUGUUCUUUGUUGUACUGCUCUAUGUUCUAAUGCUGACACGCACUGCCCUGAGCACUUGUGCAAAAAGUACGCUGCACUGCUCACAGUUCAGAAGUGAAUAGGAAGAGCCGGAGGAAGGAAAAUAAGUGGUUAGGGGCAGGGAACUAAUAUUCUUUUCUCAUUCCUAGUGACCAUCAGAAAAUCCCCCUGCAAUAAAUGACAUUUUCUUUUUUUUUCACCGAGCACCAUUUUUCAUUCAGGGUAUUACCCUGGGACUCUUUCGUGAAAAUAAGUAUUACUUUCUUGGUAGAUUUGUGUCAACAAGUUUAUUAUUAGAGAAUCAGGGAUUUGUUUUGCAAUGGGCACAUUUAUUUCUGCUGAAUGUCUCGAGUCUGAGCUCACCGGUGAACAGUCCUCCGACCACUGGGUGGUGCAGUGGUUCAGCAGGUGGCGCUGUUGUGGGCAGGAUUCGAUCGGGAUAUCUGGCGCUGUCUGUGUGGAGUUUGCAUGCUCUAUCUGUGACCGAACAUAGAAGAGAGCAGAAGAGAGAGAGUUUUACAUUCUCCCCGUGACUUGCGUGGGUUUUCUCCGAGAUCUUCACUUUCCUCCCACACUCCAAAGGCGUACAGGUUUGUCAGUUCAUUGGCUUGGUAUAAAAAAAAGUAAAUUGUCCCUAGUGUGUGUAGAUAGCUAAUUUUUAGUUUAGUUUAGAGAUACAGCACGGAAACAGGCCCUUUGGCCCACCGAGUCCGCGGCGACCAGCGAUCCCUGCACACUAACACUAUCCUACACACACUAGGGACAAUUUACAUUAAUACCAAGCCAAUUAAUGUGCGUGGAUCGCUGGUCAGCGCGAACUCGAUGGGCCGAAUGGCCAGAUUCUGUGCUGUACUAAACUGAAGUAAAGUAAGUGUUAGUGGAUCCAGGAGAGUGAGUGAGUGUGAUGGGGCCGGGCAGCGGCUGGGGAGAGGGAAGGCCGUGUAUGGCUCCUCUGGUUCAAGCUGUGCUGAAAGUGCUGGGAAAGUUUCCAGGAGAUGAAGUCAUCUUUCGGUUCUGUUGAAAAGCCGUCAACCUGAAUCAUUAACCGCUUCACUCCCGGCCUCACCUGAUGUGUCUCUGCAGCAUUUUCUGUAUUCAAUUUGAGUUGCUGCCUCACAGCGCCAGAGACCCGAGUUCCUGACUGUGGGUGCUGUCUGUAUGGUGUUUAGUUUAGUUUAGAGAUACAGCGUGGAAAUGAUCCCUCGUGUGUGUGUGUGUGUGUGUGUGUAGCUUAGUGUUAGUGUGCGGGGAUCACUGGUCGCAUGGACUCGGUGGGCUGAAGGAAAUGUUUAUACGCUGUAUCACUAAACUAAACUAAAAAAUAAACUUUGGUUUAGUUUAUUAUUGUCACGUUUACCAAGAUACAAUGCAAACUGUUUUUGUUAUUCCAUCAGCAGGAAGUCUAUAUGUGAUUACAACCAAGCCGUCAGAUGCAGGUACUGGAUAAAGGGAAUAAUGUUUAGUGCAAGAUAAAGUCCAUUAAAGUCUGACUAAAGAUAAGGAAGUUGAGAUGUGUUGGACAGAACUACAGAUGCUGGUUUAAACUGAAGACAGACACAAAUAGCUGGAGUAACUCAGCAGAUCAGGCAGCAUCUCUGGAGAGAAGGAAUGGGUGAUGUUUCGGGUGGAGACACUUCUUCAGACUGAGAGUCAGGGAAGAGGGAAACUGGAGGUAUGAAAAUGUACAGAAGAAAUCAGAGCUGGGACCGUCAGCCAAAGAGCCCACAAUGAUCCAUUGUUGGCUGUGGAGGGGGUGAUAACAAAGGGAUACAAACAGUGAAACUAGCAGGAUAACUAGGGUGGGGGAGGGAUGGAGAGAGAGAGGGGAUGCAAGGGUUACUUGAAAUUAGAGAAAUCAAUAUUCAUACCGCUGGUUGUAAGCUGCCCAAGCGAAAUAUGAGAUGCUAUUCCUCCAAUUUGCGUGUGGCUAUUGUCAGUAACUUGUAAACGGAUUCACCGUUGAAAUAUCAAUGCAUUUACUGUGUUGCAGGGUGACAAGACGGGUGGCUGGGCUGCUCCAAUUUGCUUUGCUGCUUUUGUGUUGCAGAACAGUGUCGCCGUCUAGCCUCACAGUGACGGGGAUUGUGGGUGAAAGUGCCCUCCUGCCCUGUCUGGACACCAACGUGGGGAAACAAGCCAACAAUGAUAUUCGUGUUUACUGGCAGGUGGCCACUCGGUUAAUCCAUUCCUUCCAUAAGGGCAGAGAGGACAACACAUUGGGCCUGGGCACCAGGGCAAGGCUGUUCACCGCAGAGUUCAAACACGGCAACUUCUCCCUUCUUCUCACCGACCUCCGAGUGAGCGACGCAGCCACGUACACAUGCCUCAUUCAGUUGAAACUCCCCACUGAGGGCAACAGCGUGGUUCUACGAGUUACAGUCACACUACAAAUAGCAGCCCACUUUGCCAAGCCGACCCUGAGUACGCAUCUGUCGGAGGGACAGCAAGGUGCAGGAGGGGUGCUGAGGCUGACCUGCUCCUCCUGGGGAGGGUAUCCAGCCCCAGCGGUGGGCUGGACCUGCGGGUCCCUGAACCUAGAUCCGAACAGCACGGCCACAACCCACACCGACUGCUCCCCGCAGAGACUGUGCAACGUAACCUCGUUCCUGUGGGUGUCUGCUGGAGUACACUGCAUCACCUGUAGCAUUCACAACACCAGGCUGAAGGAGAAACAAACUGAAACCUUUACCGCAAUGUCUUUCCCGCUAGAGAAUACGAAGGGAAUGGUUGUGUCGAAGAGAGCCAAACGUUUCUGGUGGGUUGAGCUGAUUGCCAUCGCUGCUAUGAUAGUGCUGCUGCUGCUCUGCCUCUUUCUACGAAAUGUCUUACUAAAUGAGGCCACGCACAGAACGUGGAGAACGUCUGGAGACUCCGCUGUUAACCUGUAGCAACGACAAAGCUGGAGGCAAUGAAUGCAGUGAUUUAUGGAGCUCACAUCCUGUGGAGCUGUCCGAGUAUUAUUGUGUAUACGUUUCAUUUGUUUGCUUUAGUUUAGUUUAGUUUUGUUUAGAGAUGCACCAGCCCACCGAGUCUGUGCCGACCAGCGAUCCCUGCACACUAGCUCUAUCCAACACACACUAAGGACAAUUUACACUUACACCAAGUCAAUUAACCUACAAAGCUUCACGUUUUUGCAGAGUGGGAGAAAACCCACGCAGGUCACGGGGAGAACGCACAAACUCCGUACAGUCAGGAUUGAACCCGGGUCUCUGGCGCUGUGAGGUAGCAACUCUACCGCUGAGCCACCGUGCCUCCCACACUCCAAAAAUCGACUAUUUUUAAUUAACACAUCUCAUUUGAUUGUGCAGUUUCUUAAACUGUAUAAAAUUAUACACCCCAGAAUAAAGAAAGGUGUCGACCUGAAACAUCACCCAUUCCUUCUCUCCAGAGUUGCUGUCUGACCUGCUGAGUUACUACAGCAUUUAGCGUGUCUACCAGCAUCUACAGUUCCUUCCUACAUAAGUUAUACACCCCAUUCAAGUCUGGCCAUAUAUUAGCCAAAAUAUCUUUCUGAAAUUUUAUAAAAUAUAUAGAUGGAACUUCUGGGUUUGCACAAGUAAAUUCAUUUUAAAAACCUCUUAAAAUUUACAUUCUCCGGUGAAAUGUCGUUUUUUUCCCAACAUGUUUUGUUUUCUCACACCAAAUAUUAGUUCCAUGUAGGUUUGCAACGGGAACUGUUGCCUCUUGCUGAGGGGAGUGGGUGGGUUUUCAACUGACUGUCCAGAGACCUGGGUUCCAUCCUGACUACAGGUACUGUCUGGAACUGAGUUUGUACCUUCUCCUUGUGACCAAGUGGGUUUUCUCCAGGUGCUCCGGUUUCCUCACACAUCCCAAAGACAUACAUGUUAAUUGGCUUCUGUAAAUGUAAAUUGUCCCUAGUGUGUGGGAUAAAACUAGGGUACAGGGUGAUCGCUUGUCGACGCAGACUCGGUGGGGUAAAGGGCCUGAUUCUGCGCUGGAUCUCUAAAGUCUAAAGGGUGAUCAAUGGUCGGCAUGGACUCGGUGGGCUGAAGGGCCUGUUUCCAUGCUGUAUAUUUCUCCCCGUGACCGUGUGGGUUUUCUCCGGGUGCUUCUGUUUCCUCCCACACUCCAGACAUGAAUGUUUGUAAGUUAAUUGUCUUUGGUAAACAUUGUAAAUUGUCCCUAGUGUGUUUGAUAGUGCUAGUGUACGGGGUGAUCGCUGGUUAGCACAGACCUGGUGGGCCGAAGGGCCUGUUUCUGCUCUGCAUCUAUAAAAUUGAAAACUAAACAAACUAAAAAGACUGGGAGGUAGACACAAAAUGCUGGAGUAACUGAGCGGGACAGUCAGCAUCACUGGAGAGAAGGAAUGGGCGAUGGUUCAGAUCGAGACCCUUCUUCAGACAUCUUCAGACGGGUCUCCACCCGAAACAUUACCCAUUGCUUCUCUCCAGAGAUGCUGCAUAUCUCGCUGAGUUACUUCAGCAUUUUGUGUCUAUCUUCGAUUUAAACCAACAUCUGCA